AGCGCCCCCCUGCGCCCGAGCUCACCAGGCCUCUCUGUUUCCCUGCCGCCCCUCUCCGUCCGUCCUCUGCUGCUAAGCAACCGCUCCAGCUCCGGCAAGCAAGCUCGGCCCGCAACAGCUCAAGGAGAAGCGAGAUGGAGGUGGAGAUGCAGCUGGACGACGACCUCUUCUUCGCGGAGCUCAGCAAGCGGAUUUCCCUCCUCAUCACCGACGACGACGAGGCCGACUUCGCCGCCUCGCAGUUCCCCGCCGCCGUCCACCUCCCACCGGGUUUCUCCAUGUCCAUGGCGCCCCAUGUGCCGUCGAUGUUGGCGCCACCGGCCUACACGCUGUUCCACCACGCCGCCAGCUACGGCGCCGGCGACGGCGGGAGAACGUGGCAGCAGCAACCUCAGCAGCAGCAGCAGUGCGGCAGCAAGGGCACCGGCGUCUUCAUCCCCCGGUCCACGCCCGGCUCCGCGCACCCCAAGAGGAAGGGCAGGAACUGGAGCGGCUCCAAGGCCGCCGCGCACAAGGCCAAGGCCCAGGCCCAGGCCGACGCCGGGGUCGCCGCAGGCGCGCCCACUAAAAGGCGCGCCUGAAAAUCUGCUCUAUAAAUGCACUCUAAAAAUCAAAAAAUGGCCGACUAAUUAAGUAGCUCCGGAGGCAGUGCUGGGUUCUCAAAUGGGGAUUGGAUUAAUUAAAUUAAAUUAAUAUGCUUAAUUGUGUAUUACUACUACUACUGUUAUACUAUGGUAAAUAAGCCAUUGUUGCUCCCAGGGCUAGUUAAAUGUGUAAGUUGAGCCCUAGGGAUGCAUGCACGCAGGGGAGGGACCGGGGGCACGCCACACCAAUAAUAAGCGGUGGAGCACGUAGUAUUUUAGGGUACUACUGUGCCUCCUCCUGCCCCCACAAUGGAAAUGGAAUUGUAUGUAUAGUAAGGCUGGCGCGCAUGUGGCGGUGCCGUGGCUCCCUCGGCUGAUUUUUGUAAUCUCUAUUCUAUUCUUUUUUCUUCUGUAAGAUUAAUGUACUGGUAGUACUGCUAGUGCUGCUCCAUUAUUAAAGAAUGAAACGAGUAAUGAUUGAUGUCU